AUGAUGAAAUAUAUGAAUACGAAGAAAAGGCGAAAGAAGCCCACAAAUUCCAAGAUUCCUUGUCUUGAAAAAACGUUUCGACUUUCAAAGUCUCCGACCUUCUUCAGGCUCCGGUUGUUUGGUAAAGAGGGGAAAAAAAGCCUAAGAGAGAAGAGGAGGUUUUCAAAGGAGAGAUCUAAGGAUGCCUCGAAAAUAUCAACGCCGACCUGGUGCCAGGCCAUAUUUAAAAACUACAAAGGACUGCCACAAUGUCGAAGAAAACCUGGAGGUCAGCCUCGCUUGAGUGAACAGACUGAGAAAGAAUUGAUCGUUCUUGUUUCCAUUCUAAUCGAUUUUGGAAUUCUGAUUGACUCAUUCGAUAUUCGCUGUAUGGUGAAAGGUUACUUAGACAAACGAGGAAUUGUUGAUGCAAAAUUUAGAGGUAAUCUUCCGGGGAUCGACUGGGUUCGGAUGUUCAUGAAACGACAUGAUUUGAGCCAACAGAUUGCAGCUAAUGUGAAGAACAGUCGUACCUUUCUGACCAAAGAAAUAACUAGUAAAUACUUUGAAAUGCUGUCAGAGUUUAUUGAAAGCAUUCCGCCAGACAGAAUUUACAGCUAUGACGAAAUGAACAUCAUCUUCGAACCUGACUGUGAGACGACAAUCGCUCGGCGCAAAUACAGAGAUGAAAUCGAACGAAAACAGGACACAUCUAAAGAGCGUAGUGUCGUGAGAGGGAGGACAACCAAUGACACGUCGCAAAAUUGA